AUUGAGUAGGGAGGUGACAUCAUCAUCAUCAUCAUCAUCAUCACCCCUGCAGUAAGGAAGAAGAGCAAAUCGCUCAGUGAUGAAAAGAAUCUGAAGCUCUUUGGGAAAUGUAAUAAUCCCAAUGGUCAUGGGCAUAACUAUAAAGACAGGUGUUGCUCAGAAUUGGACACCAGUUCUGGUAGUUUUCCUGCCAAGCUAUAACACACUUUCCCUGGUCUUGGCUUUACUGUCUCAGUUUAGUUGGGAUCUGAUGAUAAAGGAACUGGCUUCAAAAUCAGUUGUGGUGACAGUACAUGGAGAGAUUGAUCCUGUUACAGGAAUGGUUGUGAAUCUGACAGACCUAAAAGACUAUAUGGAGGAGGCAAUUAUGAAACCCCUUGAUCAUAAGAACCUGGACCAGGAUGUACCUUACUUUGCAGAUGUCGUGAGCACAACAGAAAAUGUAGCUGUAUAUAUCUGGGAAAAUCUUCAGAAAGUUCUUCCUGUGGGAGUCCUUUAUAAAGUCAAAGUGCACGAAACUGACAAAAACAUCGUUGUCUACAAGGGAGAGUUAUCAGCCCUUGGGGAUUAGUAUUACUAUCUUAACGUUAAAUUCAUGGCUAAUCUUUUUGAAAAGGAACUUUGUCUAUUGAAGUGUUAAUAAGUUGCCACAUAAAUGUUACAGUUGUUGUAUCUUAGAAUCUCUGAGUAUAAAAACAUUUGAAAUGAGAAGAAUUUUUUAUUUAAAUCUAGAGAGUUGUAUUUUACAAAUAAAAAAAAAUGUUGCCAAAGUGCUUGGUAUAUCAUUUUGAAAAAAUCUUAAUAUUAUUUUGUCAUGGUCAUCUAGUUUUCCUAACUGGGAUGGUCUCUAGGCAUGAAUAAUAAAUGAAUGAAUUAAAAAGCAUCCCAUAAGUGCCUACUAUGUGCCAAUCACUAUGCUAAGCAUUGAGGAUACAAUAAAAAGUAAAGAUAGGCCCUCCUCUCAGUGUGCUUACAUUCUAUUUGUGGAAUACAGUACACAAAUCAGAGUGGUGGCCUGUGAAGACUGUUUGGUUUAGAAAGUUACAGUAUGCUAAAUGUAGUCAUAGGAGGAUGUAGAUUGACACACUCUUUCCAGGAACAAUGGCAGAAUUGAUUUCACUACGGUUCCAGGACUAGAAAGGGAAAAGAGGGAUUGGGGGGUUGGUGUGGAGAACUCCCGGGUGUAAAGUGAAGCAUAGCUAGAGACAGAGCCUAGAUUUAGUGGGCCAUUGAGGCAGCCAGAAUCAGCCCCUUAAGGUCCAAGGGUAGGAGUUCUGGGCAUGAACAUGUUAAGUCCUCCAGGGCAUAACUCUGGAGGUAAAGAGUGUUUUUGUAGGGUAUUUGAAAUAUUAAAAUGUGUGUAGAACUUUAUAGUAAGUCAAGCUUGGGUGACAAUAUAGCUGAUUUUGAAGACCAUGAAUAAUUAUUACGCGUUAUAUACCCUGUUAAAAUAAUACAACAGAAAAAGGAGUCUCUGCUCUGCUGUGACCACCUUCCCAUUGGAAUCACUUUCUCAUUGGUCCCAACCAUUUUCCCGCUAUGUUAAUUUGUAUUAAAUUAGACAUAUGUAAAUCAACAGGA